GCACUGAAAAAGAAAGUAAAAGUGACUUGGCCUUACCGCUGCUGCUGCUGCUGCUGCAGAUGUAGGUCGUCCUCUUCGGAUAAAAAGCAGGUUUCUCCUUAAAGAAAAGAAAAAAAAAGCAUUUUCACCGAAGUUAUUUUUCAGUAAAAACAUCAUUAAAGCGGUCACACAGACUGAGAAGGAUGUCGCGAGGGUCAAACGCAGGGUUCGACAGACAUAUUACUAUAUUUUCACCCGAGGGCCGUCUCUACCAAGUCGAGUAUGCCUUUAAAGCCAUUUCCCAGAAUGGAGUGACAUCUGUGGGGGUCUGUGGGAAAGAUAGUGUGGCCGUGGUUACACAAAAGAAAAUACCCGAGAAACUGCUGGAUUCAUCCACUGUAACGAACAUGUUCAAGCUGACUCCCCGCAUUGGUUGUGUGAUGACUGGACACAGUGCUGACAGUCGUUCUCAGGUUCAUCGAGCACGAGUGGAAGCAGGAGAAUGGAAGUACAAGUUUGGUUAUGACAUCACUGCUGACGUGCUGUGUCGUAGGUUGGCUGAUAUUUCCCAGGUCUACACACAGAAUGCUGAAAUGAGGCCUCUGGGCUGCUGUAUGAUCAUGGUGUCUGUGGACCCCCAGCAGGUACCUGUCCUGUACAAAUGUGACCCUGCAGGGUACUACUGUGGCUUCAGAGCCAUAGCCGUUGGAGCCAAACAGACAGAGGCCAACAAUUACCUAGAGAAAAAGCUGAAGAAGAAGCCUGAUCUGACUGAAGACAGGACAGUACAGCUGGCUAUAUCCACCCUGUCCUCCGUCCUCUCUCUGGACUUCAAGGCCACAGAGCUGGAGGUUGGUGUGGUCACCAAAGAGAAACCAUUUUUCAGGACGCUGUCGGAGACACAAAUAGAAAGUCACUUGGUUGCAAUAGCAGAACAGGAAUAAAGUAUGGAGCAGAAGUCCAUGCAUUCCAUUUCUGUCUAACUGAUUUAUUUAUCAAGGACAAUAACCUAUGUUAAAUUGAAACAAAUUAAGUCAGUUUGAAUCUAUAGCAACUCUAGCAACGUCAACAGGGCAAUGUUUUUUUUACCUGUCAGCACAAACCCAAUAAAUUUACAGUGUGUCAUGAUAAAGUGUGCAGUUGUUACUGACAGACACUAUGAAAUGCAUUUUCAUUCAUCCAUGUGACUUCUGUAGAUUUGUUAAAGUCCAUGUGGGGAGCUAGAACUGGUCUGAGCUGGGGAUGUAUGAACACUGUAUGGACCUUCACACAUUUAUUUUCACACUAGCAGGCUAAUAAAACAGUAAAACGGUA